AUGGCGACCACUACUCCUAGUUCCCUGUCCAUUUCCAAACCUCCAUCUCUCUUUGUCUUGCCCAAAUCCCCACUAUUCAAAUCUAGAUUUACCUUUCCUUUUCACCAAAACCCCUCAACUAUCCAUUGCCACCACUCUUUCCACAUCUCAAAUGUUCUCUCAAACCCGAUAAUCACUACCACCACUACCGAAAAACAAAUAGAGAACUUUGUUUCCCCUUUUUCUAAUAACGAACCCCAAAAAGGCUGCGACGUCCUCAUUGAAUCCCUUGAACGUGCAGGCGUUACUGUUGUAUUUGCCUACCCUGGGAGCUUUUCAAUUGAGAUCCACCAAGCCCUGACGCGUUCCCCAAUCAUUCGCACCAUCCUUCCGCGCCAUGAGCAAGGUGGGAUUUUUGCUGCUGAGGGCUAUAUGCGAACAUCAGGCCAAGUAGGAGUCUGCAUUGCCACCUCGGGACCUGGUGCAACAAACCUUGUUUCUGGGCUUGCUGAUGCACUACUGGAUAGCAUCCCACUUGUUGCCAUUACUGGUCAAGUGCCUUCUAAAAUGAUUGGUACCGACGCUUUUCAGGAAACCGCAAUUGUUGAGGUAACAAAGUCAAUUACUAAGCACAACUACUUGGUUUUAGAUGCGAGAGAUAUUCCAAGAAUUGUAAGAGAGGCUUUCUUUCUUGCUAAAUCAGGCCGACCAGGUCCGGUUUUGAUAGAUAUUCCGAAGGAUAUACAACAACAAAUGAUGGUUCCCAACUGGGAUCAACCAAUGAAAUUGUCUGGUUAUACGUCUAGGUUGCCUAAACCUCCUAGUGAGGGCCAUUUAGAACAGAUUAUUCAGUUGAUAUCAGAAGCUAAGAAGCCAGUUCUCUAUGUGGGUGGUGGAUGUUUGAAUUCAAGUGAAGAGUUGAGACAUUUCGUGGAGCUUACUAGGAUUCCAGUGGCAAGCACUUUGAUGGGUCUUGGGACAUACCCAUGUUCAGAUGAGUUGUCACUUCAUAUGUUGGGAAUGCAUGGUACGGUUUAUGCUAAUUAUGCUGUGGAUAGGAGUGAUUUGUUGCUUGCAUUUGGGGUUAGGUUUGAUGAUCGCGUGACAGGAAAGAUUGAAGCUUUUGCUAGCCGGGCAAAGAUUGUCCACAUUGAUAUUGAUUUGGCGGAGAUAGGAAAAAAUAAGCAACCCUAUGUGUCUAUUAAUGCUGAUAUGAGGUUGGCUCUGCAGGGUUUGAAUUCGAUUUUGGAGGGGAAAGGAGCUAAGCUUAGGUUGAAUUUUUCAUCUUGGAGGCAGGAACUAAAGGAGCAGAGAAUGAAUAACCCAUUGAGUUACAAGAGUUUUGGAGAUGCUAUUCCUCCACAAUACGCAAUUCAGGUUCUUGAUGAGUUGACCAAUGGGGAUGCUGUUAUAACUAGUGGUGUUGGGCAACAUCAAAUGUGGGCUGCCCAAUUUUAUAAGUACAAUGAGCCUCGGCACUGUAUAACAUCAAGUGGAUUAGGGGCUAUGGGAUUUGGAUUGCCUGCUGCCAUCGGAGCUGUUAUUGCAAGACCCGAUUUGGUUGUGGUGGACAUUGAUGGUGAUGGAAGUUUUAUCAUGAAUGUCCAAGAAUUGGCUACAGUUCGGGUGGAGAAUCUACCGGUCAAGAUAAUGCUGCUGAAUAAUCAGCAUUUGGGUAUGGCCGUUCAAUGGGAGGAUCGAUUCUAUAAGGCUAACAGGGGCCAUACUUACCUGGGAAACCCAUCAAACAAGUUGGAUAUUUUCCCCAAUAUGUUGAAGUUUGCAGAGGGUUGUGGCAUACCUGCUGCGCGUGUGACACAGAAGGAAUAUCUUAGGGGUGCAAUCCAGAAAAUGUUGGAUACUCCUGGGCCAUACUUAUUGGAUGUAAUAGUACCUCAUCAGGAGCAUGUCCUGCCUAUGAUCCCCAGUGGUGGAGCCUUUAAGGAUAUGAUUACCGAGGGUGAUGGAAGAAUUGGGUAUUGAUCAAUUGUCAAUAGCAGCGGUGGAGCUGAUUUCAGAUAUUCUAUUUACCAAAAGUAGUCUUGGUGGUGAGGGCCGGUAUAAUAAGAAUUAGUUAUCUACUGUACUGUGACCAAUUGUGCUGCUUCUUUUUCUGUUUUUGUGUUGACCAAUCUAUUGUGGCCCGGUCUAAUAAGGGGCAUGCUGGUGGCUUGAGUCCACCCUCCUCCAAAAUCAAGAUAGAGAUUUGAGCCCCACUUUUGUCUGUG